ACGAUACAGUACACUACAGUAGAAAAUAGUGGGGGAGACGAGAGUCAAUAACCACCUUAGACGCACACCUGCCAUCCUUAUCAAACCAUAACCUAUCGGCUGCCGUAUUAGGGUAUCUUUGAGUCGCCUGCAGCGCAGAAAGAGUACUCAUAUUUUGGGAAGAAUUUGGCUACAUACCGCGCAGGAGGAUCAUAUCAAGCAAAGGAGCAGCCGUGAGAGAAGCACGAGAUACGGAGACAUGGCUGUGACAACCUGUACACGAUUCACGGACGAAUUUCAGCUAUAUGAAGAGCUGGGAAAAGGAGCCUUUUCAGUGGUGCGCAGAUGUGUCAAGCUGUGUACUGGACAGGAAUAUGCCGCCAAAAUAAUCAACACCAAAAAGCUAUCUGCAAGAGAUCAUCAGAAGCUAGAGAGAGAGGCCCGUAUUUGUCGCCUGCUCAAGCACUCCAACAUCGUUCGUCUUCAUGACAGUAUAUCAGAGGAAGGCUUCCACUAUCUCCUGUUUGACUUGGUGACUGGAGGGGAGCUGUUCGAGGACAUCGUAGCCAGAGAGUACUACAGUGAGGCUGAUGCCAGUCAUUGCAUCCAGCAGAUCCUGGAGGCGGUGCUACACUGCCAUCAAAUGGGCGUGGUGCACCGAGACCUGAAGCCAGAGAACCUGCUCCUGGCCAGCAAAUGCAAGAAUGCUGCCGUCAAGCUGGCUGACUUUGGCCUGGCCAUCGAGGUACAGGGGGAUCAGCAAGCCUGGUUUGGAUUUGCUGGCACACCGGGAUACCUGUCCCCUGAGGUUCUGAGAAAGGAGGCAUAUGGCAAACCUGUGGACAUCUGGGCCUGCGGGGUGAUCCUGUAUAUCCUGCUGGUGGGCUACCCUCCCUUCUGGGACGAGGACCAGCACAAACUGUACCAACAGAUUAAAGCCGGGGCAUACGAUUUUCCCUCCCCAGAGUGGGACACAGUCACUCCAGAGGCUAAGAACCUGAUUAACCAGAUGUUGACCAUCAACCCUGCCAAGAGGAUCACCGCCCAGGAGGCCCUCAAACACCCAUGGGUCUGCCAACGUUCUACAGUGGCAUCCAUGAUGCACAGACAGGAGACCGUGGAGUGCCUGAAGAAAUUCAACGCCAGGAGGAAACUCAAGGGGGCCGUUCUCACGGCUAUGCUGGUUUCACGGAACUUCUCUGUCGGCUGUCGCUCCACCGCUCCAAUCAGUAUCACUGCCGCUGCGGCAGCUGCAUCCGCGGCAGCGGGCUCCACCACUGGGCUGGUGGAACAAGCCAAAAGUUUGCUCAACAAGAAGGCAGAUGUCAAGACACCACAGACAAACAGCACCAAAAACAGCAUAGUCACCAGCCCUAAAGGAAACGUCCCUACUCCUGUUCUGGAGUCAUCUGACAGCAGCAACACUGUGGAGGACGAAGAUGUCAAAGCACGCAAACAAGAGAUCAUCAAGAUCACUGAACAGCUGAUCGAGGCUGUCAACAAUGGAGACUUCGAGGCAUACGCUAAGAUCUGUGAUCCUGGUCUGACCUCCUUUGAACCUGAGGCCCUGGGCAACCUGGUGGAGGGAAUGGACUUCCACAGAUUCUACUUUGAGAACCUCCUGUCUAAGAACAGUAAGCCUAUCCACACCACAAUCCUGAAUCCCCACGUCCACCUGAUUGGAGAGGACGCUGCCUGCAUCGCCUACAUCCGCCUCACUCAAUUCGUUGAUGGCCAGGGCCAUCCGCGCUCCAGCCAAUCAGAGGAGACUAGGGUAUGGCACCGCCGGGACUCCAAGUGGCAGAACGUUCACUUCCACUGCUCGGGUGCGCCUGCCGCGCCACUCCAGUGAGGAGUAGAAUGCCAUAGCCACAUCUAAUACGAGUGCUCUGCUGGAGAGAGAGAGAGGGAGAGGGAGAUCAAGUCCAGUGUCGGGUGGCUCUGAGUCCGCAGCGCCAGACGCCUCCCACACUAGUUCCUUGCAUGCAUCUCUUUUUUACGACUGCCUGUCGCCACCCGUCACUGUACCCACUAACAACCAUCUCAACAACCAACCAACCAUCCGACAACAAUCUAUUGUUUUUCCAACAACAACCCCCUUCUCCCCCUCAAGCCCAAACUUUGGACAGUUCACGUUUUGCCCCUUUUCUCCAACCCCAACUCCUCCAACACAACCACUGGCUAAUAUUGGGCUGUGGGUAGGGAGUGUUUCAAGGGGUAUGAUGGGGGGUGUUGGGGUGUUUUCUUGGCCGCAUUGUGCAUUUGAUUCUUUGUCUUAUGUCACAUGAUGUUCCCUCUUCUUCCUCUUGUGAAUCUUCACUUGUGUUGGGUAACACUACACAGGAAAUACAGUAUGUAAAGUUUUAAGUCAAAUCUAUUAUUAUUAUGAUUAUUACUAUUACACAAUUGAAAUUGUAUAUGUAAUUUGUAUAAUUCAAAUGAUUGAUGCCAGUGGUUUCUAGAGUUGAAGGAAAUCUUUAGUUUUCUCUAUCUUUUUAAGGAAGCAUGUUGUUUUUCAAUAUUCACAGUGGCUGUUUUCUAUUGUGGCUUUUAAGUGACAAAAUGGUAUUGGCAGUUUUUGUAUAAGCUCCUUGCAUUUAAUCUAUUCUAUUAUACUAGACCAAAGCUCAUGUUUAAGAAAAACAACGUUGGGGAGGAGGGGGGUGUUUGACGUGGUGUGGAGGAAGCGAGUGUGUGAAUGUUAGAAGUGUGUGCGUGUGUGUUUCUGUGCGUACGUGUGUGUGUGUGUGUGUGUAUGUGUGUGUGUGUGGAACCAAGUACAUGGGAUUAUUAGUCCACAGGUGGCCGGUUUGAUCAACUGGUUUGAAUUUUCAGCUUUGUAAUGUGAAUAGCUGGAAAGGGGAUUGGCUUGGUUUGGUGUCUUCCGUCGUCUGGUCACAAUCAACUGUACGAAAUGAGAUUCAACAGUAACAGAAGCUUUUAUUGUAUUUCACAUUAAUCAUGUUUUUGCCUUUGUUGUGUUUAUUAUUAUUAUUAACAUAUCUCAGAGGAUAGACCUACUGGUUCUCUCUUAGUGUGGUGUGUGGGAAGGCUCUGUGAUCCCCAGUGCUCCCGGUGGUUCGAUUAGAUAUUGCAGUACACUGCACUGCACCUCCUGCACUGCACUGCACACACUGCAAAUGAGGCCUCUAUAGAAUUUUACAGCCGCUAUAGAACAAGUGAAUAAACAAUAACACAGCAGUAUUAUGCUAUAGUGUCCAUACAUAUCAGCUUCACUACUUAUUAUUCAACAUCUUAAAACAGUUUUGCAGUCUCUUUUAAACAGUACCAGUACCUAUAACACCUCUCACAUCUCAUCUUUCUGUACAGGUAUACUUUAUAGAACCUUUGGUGAGGAGAGAUGAAGCCUUUACACACUUAAAUCCAUACUGCGUCGCAAGGUGCAACUGUCCAUUCUCUCACACGUCAACCUUGAGCCAGUUGCACUCUGAACCUAUAUAAAAUCUGGAAACUGCAUCACUACUGAGGUCGUGCAUUGCAUAGAGCCGUGCCUAGGGCUCCAUGCCUGUUUAAUAUGUUUAGUGGGGUUUAAUGGAGAGCUAACAGGCAAGGCUGUUGGUUUGGAGAGAUGUGGGCCUGUGCAGUCUGCAGGUAGCAGGUGUUUUUAGUGGUGAGGUCAAGUACAUGUGUGGGUGUUUACUUUGCAUACACCUUGUCCCUCUGUCCUGUGGUCUCUAGUUGUUGCUGCUCAUUUUAGAGUGGAGAAAUGUGACUGAGGUCUCAGGGUAUCCAGAAGACUGUGUGUAAAAGGGGAUAGCUCCUGUGUUGGUUUUCCACAUGAUGGAGAUUUUAGAGGAGAGAGAGGCUUUAUUUCAGCGGUCCUAUCAGUCCUCUGCCUUCAGUCCACGACUUACAGUUGUUAUGAUUUUUAUGUAUAUUAUUAUAUUUUCACAUUUGUAAUAUCAUCUUCAUUGACUUGUGUUACUAUUGCAUGUUAUUGACUAGUGUUACUACUCAUUGUGUUUGUGCCAGCGAGAGAUGGACAGGUGGAUUUACAUGUUAUAGGAAGAGAUGGCUUCACACACCCAUGUAUAUGUAUAUGAAGAAAAAUCAGCUCUGGAGUGUUUGGUAAUGUUGCAGGCCGACUAUAUCACAGUCGUUGCAUUUCAUCAACAGAUGGUUUGCGUGUCACAUCGUGGACUGUGCAGUCGGGUAUCCGAUUACUAUAAUAUAUUAUAGGAUGGGGUUAGCUGAUAUGUUAAAUGCCUAUCCAGACGUUGUGAGAUCUGUCAGGCGUCUGCAACAUAUAGCUAGCCAGGAAGUUGAUCGAAGUUUCACAUUUUGGAUCUAAGUGAGUGUUUUUUUUUUGCCGUCCUACCACCAUAGUUGCUAUGCCUGCCUGUGAUUGGCUGCCUUUGGAAGUGUCUCAUCACUAUUGGCCCGACAAUUUUGACCAUCUCAAUGGAUAGUGAGGCGGUCAGCCGGUUGGUUAGUCCUCAGGUUUAUAUUUAUUUUAUUAUUUAUUUAUUUAUUUUAUUGGUCAGUUAUGUGCUUUUUCUUCAAUGUUUUAUUUAGUUUUCCCCUCGAUAUACAGCUCACGUAAAUGUUAAAUUACUCUCUGUUGCAUUGUGAUUUGGGGCGUCAGGUAACCUAGUGGUUAGAGCGUUGGGCCAGUAACCGGAAGGUUGCUGGAUUGAAUCCCCGAGCUGACAAGGU